AGAGGAAGGAAACAGAGAUCUCCAUAUGUUUGUUUGGAGUUCAAGUGCUUCCCCUGUUUCAGAUGUUUUUGGGGGAAACCAUGAAUUUGGGGGAAACCAUGAUCAGAAGGAUGUGAGGUUGGCUGUCUCCCCCGGAAAAGUUGAGGGUCGUAGAGAAAACCAAGAGGAGUAUGCAGAGAGGGAAGAUUUCAGCUUCGGAAACAGAGAGAUUCUGAAUAAUAACAAUGGAGGAGCAGAGAAAGUUGGAGAUAUUAAACCCAAAACCAUGCCACCCACCAGUGUAAUGACAAGGCUCAUUCUGAUCAUGGUUUGGAGAAAACUCAUCAGAAACCCCAACACUUAUUCCAGCCUAAUUGGCCUCACUUGGUCCUUAGUCUCAUUCAGGUGGAAUGUUGAAAUGCCAGCCAUUGUCGCAAAGUCCAUUUCUAUACUGUCUGAUGCAGGCCUCGGCAUGGCCAUGUUCAGUCUUGGUUUGUUCAUGGCUUUGCAACCAAGGAUCAUAGCAUGUGGGAAUACAAUAGCAGCUUUUUCCAUGGCUGUGAGAUUCCUUACAGGUCCAGCUGUCAUGGCUGUUGCUUCCAUUGCUGUUGGCCUUAGAGGAGUUCUCUUACGUGUUGCCAUUGUCCAGGCAGCUCUCCCACAAGGAAUUGUCCCCUUUGUCUUUGCCAAAGAGUACAACGUACACCCUGAUAUUCUCAGCACAGGAGUUAUUUUUGGGAUGUUGAUUGCCUUGCCCAUUACGCUUGUGUACUACAUUUUGCUGGGGAUCUGAAGGUCAGCCAUGGCUGCGGCUGCGGCCGCCAUGAGAGGGCAUUUCUAAAGCUUCAAUUGGCUUUCGGGAAAGAAGAUUUUAGAGGGGGGAGAAGAUGGAGGAAGUCAAAUGGGGAAGGUGAAAGAGGAGAGGAUUGAGGAAUUUGGGAUGAAUGUGUGAAUCUUCUUUCCAAGUAAAAGAAAAAAGAAAAAGGGGCUGUAAAAUCAUGAUGUUUGGUAGUCAAUUAUAUAAGAAAAAAAAGUGUUUUUGAUUUUUCUCCCACUUGUUUUUUUUUUCUUUUUCUUUUACGGGUUUUCCCAUUCUGUUUCAAUAAUUUAUGCUACUCGUCAAACGACAAAGACAAGGAUAAAAAAAGGAAGCCGGAACACUGUUUUGAUUU